AGCCCGGGUUGUAAAGCUCCGACAUCACGUCCCGGUAUUUCUGGUGCUGUUCUACCACCUCCGGCCUUCACCUGGUACUCCACACCUGGUACCUGUGCAGCCUGAUAAUGAUGGGCCGUGCUCUCUGCCCCUGCUUCAGUUUCUCAGAUAGCGUACAAUGAGCUCUGUCACAUUCUGGUGGUGAUUCCAGGAAGCCUUUGCCAAAAACUUCCAUGAGCAGCUCUGCAAAGAAGGUUGUGGGCCGCGGCCCCUCCACUGACUCAGUUGAAAUGGACUUACUCCAUAGGUGUGGUGUGAGCAGCACACACUACCUGCAGACCCACUUUAGCCACAGACAGGGCUACUUCCUGUCAGUCUCCAUGGCAACUGACCUACGCAACACCUUCUUCCUAUUGUUCCCCAUAUGGUUUCAUAUAGAGCAAGCUGAAGCCAUCAAACUGGUGUGGGUGGCAGUAGUGGGAGACUGGGUCAACCUGAUCCUGAAAUGGCUUCUUUUUGGAGAGCGUCCCUAUUGGUGGGUUCAGGAGACGGGUUACUACGGCAACUCCUCCCAACCAAUAAUAGAGCAGUUCCCCAUGACCUGUGAGACUGGGCCAGGAAGUCCAUCAGGUCAUGCCAUGGGGACUGCAGCAGUCUACUAUACCAUGAUGUCAUCACUUGUUGCCAUAGUGCUGAAGACAGAAGAACAUCAAAUCAGGAAAUGGUGUGUGCGUGUCUCACUGUGGAUGCUGUUCUGGUGCGUGCAGCUGUGCGUGUGCCUCUCCAGGGUCUUUGUCGCUGCUCACUUCCCACAUCAGGUCAUCACAGGAGUUGUCAUAGGUAUCCUGGUGGCAAAAUCUGUCAGCCGGAUCCAGCAGAUCCACACGGCUGGCCUACGUUCCUACCUCCUCACCUCCCUGCUCCUCCUCUCUCUGGCUCUCCUCUUGUACCUGUGCCUCCUUCUGGUAGGAGUCGACCUCCUCUGGAGUGUAGAGAAAGCACGGUGCUGGUGCCGGAGAGCAGAGUGGGUCAGCGUGGACACCAGCCCCUUGGCCAGCUUGUUCAGGAACACUGGGACUCUGUUGGGUCUGGGCCUAGGGCUCCACUCUCCUCUGUAUGCACACUCUAACUCAGUAGUGGUCGGCAGGGAGUCUGAGGGCACCAUCUACAGGUCAGUCUGUUUAAGUGCAACACUGGUGCUACUGCAGUUAUUUGACUCUGCUUUUCGGCCAGCUGUCCACAGCGGAGCUCUGUUCUAUCUGCUGUCGUUCUGUAAAAGUGCCAUGGUGCCUCUGGCUACUGUGGCUAUUGUUCCUUACUGUGUCACUGCGGCACUGGGAUACAAAGCAGAGAAGCUAUUAUAAGGCGGGUGGCCUUUCAUUACAUGUACUGUUGCCUGGGUGCACAUCUUCACAUCAUCAUAUACUGCUGAAGCUGCUGGUUUAAACCUACAACAUUUGGUCAAAAGUAUGUGGACACAUAGUUUCAUGUCCUUUUUGUCUGGGUCCGGUUUUUCUGGUUUAGGCCUCAUAGUUCCAACACUGCUCCAUGCACCAUAGAGAAAUAUUUUCCCUGUUAGGAAGAAGCUGACUGGUCUGCAAAGAGCCCUGACCUCAACCCCAUCCAUCUCCUAUGGGAUCAGCUGGAACACCAACUGUGAGCCAGACCUCACAUAAAUAAUGUGUGUGUGUGUGUGUGUGUGUGUGUGUGUGUGUGUGUGUGUGUGUGUGUCAGCAUUAGUGGAAAAGUCUAUGAGGUAUUUUGAGGAAUUAAAGGCAGAUGGGGGCACCAACAUUUCCCCACAUGAAAGGGAUAGUUUGGAUUUAUUGGAUUGGAGUUGUAUGAGGUACUUAGCCAUAGUCAGUGUAUUACAUACAGUAGAUGUCAGUCUGCACGCACCCAUUUUGGAGAAGCAACAGGAGUCUGACAUGGGAGCUAAGCAAUGUACUGCUGUGAACGGGAGCAGCAGCAAAACAAGUUUUGUGGAUGUGUUAUAUUGAGAAUACACUCACUGCUUUACCUUUCCGUCAGACAGCCCGGGGAAGCUAUUAACGGCUUCAGUUCCCCAUCUACGGGGAAAGCCACCAGACACCAGUGACAAAUUGUGUGACCUUGGUGAAUCCGAAUUAACCCUUUCAAAUGGCAAGUUACACAAUAACACAAACAAACUAACUGUUCGAGGGAGCAGGAGACCAGAAACUCCUACGUUAAGUGAUGUUAAAUCACUGUUUUUCUCGAUGGAGUCUGGUUUUGAAGAGGGCGAUGUAAUGGCUUCAUUUUCCCAUUGGAAAUCACUGCAUGACAUUAAGGUAAAGCUGUGAAAAUCUAAAUAUAGGGUACACACUUAUACUGAUAUUCUAUUUUUUAGGUGGGACUUUUUUUAGGUGGUUAAAAUGUGUUUUGGAUAAGUACUCCAUACAACCCUACUUAAAAUUAAUCAGAACUAUAUCUUUCAUGCGUUCAUUCAUGAAUAAUCAUCACAGUCAGAACUAUAGGGUUGAUGGGUAUGUUGGAGUGUAUGAAGAGAACUUUAGAGGAAAAAAAGGGAGAAGGUAUAAGCCACCUGGGAAAAAAAAAUGAAGAAAAGAGUUGCACGUACCAUAUUCUUUUAUUGUUUAUUUAUUAUCAUUGUUUGCUAGCUAAGUUGCUUAUUUCUGUUGAUUUGUCAUGGUAUCUGUUUAUUUUGUGUAAUAGAUAUAAAAGAAAAUAAUAAUAUAUAUAUAUAUUGUGUGUGUGUGUGUGUGUGUGUGUGUGUGUGUGUGUGUGUGUGUGUGUGUGAGACCUACUAUUUUCCACAAAAGUUCCCACAGUUUUGGUUGUAUGACCUGAGAGGUUGUAUUUGUGGUUUUGCCUGAGCUCCUCUCGCUGAUUUGAGGUGGGUGUGGCUCGGUGGGAUAAAGGUGAUGCCACAUACAUGCACCAAAUUAGGAUUAAGCAAUGUUUAUUUCAGAAUCUGAUCACAUAGAUUUGGGUUUGUUUGGUUGUGUUGCCAGGUUCACUGUUUAUCAAAUCUGACUAUGACUGAUACAAAAGGAUGUUUUUAUCCAAGUUUUGACUUUGACCGUUGUAUAUUAAUAUCAAUUGUUCGAAGAUUUAAAUAAAA